AUGCAGCUGCGCCGUAAGACGUCCCCCAUCGAGAAGUACAUUUUUCUGCAGAGCAUGCAGGACACCAACGAGGACGUGUACUACCGCAUGCUCAUGGAGAACACGGUCGAGCUCCUGCCCAUCGUGUACACGCCCACGGUCGGCCAAGCCUGCCAGGAGUUCAGCCACAUCUACCGCCAAACCCCGCGGGGGUUGUACAUCUCCAUCAACGACAUCGGCCACGUCGCCGAGAUCCUGGACAACUGGCCGGAGAAGGACAUCCGCGCCAUUUGCUUCACGGACGGCGAGCGCAUCCUCGGCCUGGGCGACCAGGGCGCCAACGGCAUGGGCAUCCCCGUCGGCAAGCUGUCGCUGUACACGGCCUGCGCCGGCGUGCCGCCCCAGAUGUGCCUGCCCGUCGUUCUUGACUGCGGCACCAACAACGAAGAGUACCUGGCCGACCCGUUCUACAUUGGUCUGCGCCAGAAGCGCGAGCGCGGCGAGAAGUUCGAGCAGCUCGUGGACGAGUUCAUGAACGCGGCCAAUGCCAAGUACGGCGACAAGGUGCUGCUGCAGUUUGAGGACUUCGGCAACUCGACGGCCUUCCACCUGCUGCGCAAGUAUCAGAACACGCACUGCACGUUCAACGACGACAUCCAAGGCACGGCCGCCGUCGUGCUUGGUGGCCUGCUGGCCGCUGUGCCCCUGUCGGGCAAGCCGAUCUCGGAGCAGAAGUUUGUUUUCCUUGGUGCUGGCACUGCUGGCACGGGCAUCGCUGAUCUCAUUGCAUUGGCUAUCUCUCGCGAGACUGGCAAGACGAUGGAGGAGUCUCGCAAGCAGAUCUGGCUAGUGGACUCGCGUGGUCUCAUUGUCGAGUCACGCAAGGAGUCUUUGCAGCCGCACAAGCUGCCGUACGCUCACGACGCUCCUGAAUGCCCGAGUUUGGUCGAGGCACUCGACCGCAUCAAGCCCACGGCUCUCAUCGGUUUGUGCACCAUCGCCAAGGCUUUUAAUGAGGAGGUCUGCAAGAAAAUGAGCGAGAUCAACGAGCGCCCGAUCAUCUUCGCGCUGAGCAACCCCACGUCCAAGGCCGAGUGCACGGCUGAGGAGGCCUACACGUUCACGGACGGCAAGUGCAUCUUUGCGAGCGGCAGUCCGUUCGACCCCGUGGAGAUCAACGGCAAGCUCUGCGUCCCUGGCCAGGGCAACAACUCGUACAUCUUCCCUGGUGUCGGUCUGGGUGUGGUCGCGGCUGGCCUGACCCACGUCAACGACGAGAUCAUGAUCAUCGCCGCCAAGACGCUCGCAGGUCUCACGACACCCGCCGAUCUGGAGACUGGCUGCGUCUACCCUCCGCUCUCCUCAAUCCGGGAAGUGUCACUCAAGAUCGCAGAAGCCGUCGCCGAAUAUGGCUACGAACAAGGUUUCGCCACCGUCCCCAAGCCGGAGAACAUGGCCCAAUACUUGCGCGACUUCAUGUACAACCCUUGUGAAGAAGAAGAAGCCACAGCCUGGUCCAAUCCUUCACCGUCGGCAGAAGCCUGGACUGCUUCAUCGUCCACUUGA